CCUCCAGAGCAGCAGAUAGCAGCUGUUUGCUCAUGCUUUCGGAGAGUAGGGAAAGUCCACCGUCAGCCUCAUAUAAGUCUGUCCAAAACCUGUCUGGAAAGAUCAGGAAUACAGGUUUUCCAAAGGGAGCUGGGUGAAAUUAGGGUUCGUAUUUGGCCCAGUGUAUGUUUGUGUGUGUUAGAGGAUGAGUGUGUACUUGCUGGUCCUGUGUCUGGCUCUGCUGCCGCAGGAGGGAAGAGCCAGGCCAGAGCCUCCGGGCUGCAGUAGCCCUGAGGCAGUGAGAGUGGCAGAAGAGGCCCUGGAGCAGAUCAACCAGGACCGAAGAAGCGGAUACAUCCUGAGCCUCAACAGACUGUACGACGUCUCUCACACUCCUAAGAAGGAGAAAGACGGGUCGCUCUACAACCUGACCAUUGAUGUCAUGGAGACCAGAUGCCACGUCAUCAGCAGGAAACCAUGGAAACAAUGUGAAGUCAAAAGUAUCGGUUCCGUUCCGGUGUAUGGAGAGUGUGAGGUAUCGGCCCACGUCGACACUCAAGUCAAACUUCAAAACUACUCCUGCGUAACUCGCAAAGUUCCUUCUGCGGAAGUGGUGGGUGUCUGUCCGGAUUGUCCCACAUCAGUUAAUUUGAACGAGCCCAUCGUGACGAAGACGGCCAGACUGUCCCUGCAGAAGUUCAAUGACCAGAGCCACCUGGCCAACUACUUUGCUCUGGAGAACAUUACAGCAGCCAGGGCACAGUGGAUCUUUGGUAUGUCUUAUUUUGUGGACUUCACCAUCGUGGAGACAGUGUGUGCAAAGAACACCAAGGCCAGCGAACGGGGCAGCUGCCCACCUAUGGACUCUCAGUCUGCCCAUAGAGGCUACUGCAGUGGUUCACACGUGAGCCGGUACUUCCCGUUUGAAACUGCAAUCCCUGUCGGAAGGGACACAUUUCUGAGUGUUCAAGCGAAGUGUGAGAUCUACAACCCUCAGGCUGCCGCUGCGGAGGAGCAGGCCCGUGCGCACGCUGGGCAUCAGCACCACAACCACACAGGCCCGCAGCCCCAGGAGCAGGAGCAGGUGAGCUCAGUCGCGCCCGGCCUCCCCGUCUCCGAGCCGUGCGGCUGCCUGGGGACCGUGGUGGAUCUGCCUGCCUCUCCCAGGCCUGCCCCAGCAGCCAGCUCUUGCCCCGGCCCGCGGAGGCACAACCUGCACAUAAGAAGUCUCAACCUCUGACCGGCUGGACGUCUUUCUUUACAUGCAACUGUAACCUGGAAGUGAAAUGUGAGAGGGUAGUAAAACCCCUCUACAUCAGUAGUAACGCCGGUGGUUUUGUUUUUCUGAGUCCUAACAGAAAAGUAGUGUAUAUCUAACCUUCAGGCCUCAUGUUUUAUGGAAUUACAAAGGAUCUCGUUGCUGUAUAUGAGACAGUUUCCGAAAUUUGAGCACCAUUCAUUUAAAAUUAAGAAUUUUCAUAUUGGUUUGCAGAUGUUUCAGUUAUAAACGUGAGUCGUACUAAUGUUGAUCACCAUUAAAUAUUGUUACAGUAAAAUGAGCCUGGCAAACAUCUUCUUUGUUUAGUGAGUGACUGUUUCACGGACCCCUCCUGUGGUCAGAUGUGGACGCUGUCACCUUUGGGGGGCUGGUAUCUAUUUUUGGUGCCAGAGCGGCACAGCUGGAGUUGUUCCUGCAGAUCAGGGUGGCUCAGGCAGGGUGAGAAAUUCGGCUUUAAAAAAAAAAUCACAUCAUCUCACUGAGGCUCAUCCCGACACUAAAUCCCAGCUUGGCACCCUUCUACCACCCAGUGUAACUUGACCUGACACCGCCGAUGAAAUCGACUGUUUAAACGGAGUUUGUUGUUACAUGUAUAUUUUCUGCUAUUCGGAAGGUUUAAACGGUGCCACGUGCCCCCC